CAGUAAUCCCUUAAUUUACAUAUUUUAUAACAUAAAAAAAAAACAAAUCCAUACGCUUCUGUGUAAACGUGAAAACAUUUCAUAUAUUUUUAUUGUAUCCAUUGAAAACCAAAAUGGUCUUAAUAGUGUCGUAUGUGUUUGUGGUUCUAACUAUUUUAUCCAUGGAUCUUAUGAUCUCUCAAGCCACAUCCCGUAUCACUUUUCAGGAGUCAUCCAUUGCUAAUUACCACCAACAAUGGAUGAUCCAAUUUUCUCGAGUUUAUAGCGAUGAAUCCGAGAAACAGUUGAGGUUUGAAGUGUUCAAGAAAAAUUUGAAAUUCAUUGAGAACUUCAAUAACAAUGGGAAUCACACCUAUAAGCUUGGUGUCAACGAGUUCACGGAUUGGACAAAAGAAGAGUUCCUUGCCACCCACACCGGUCUCAGUGGCAUUAACGUAACUUCACAUUCUGAAGUGGUUGAUGAAACGAUGCCAUCUUUGAAUUGGAACGUACGUAAUGUCGUCAGCGAGAGCAAAGACUGGACAAAGGAAGGAGCUGUAACACCUGUGAAAUCGCAAGGCGAAUGUGCACAAAGUGGAGGCAUUUCUUCAGAACUCGCAUACCCUUAUAACCAAGUGACAAAGGGGAGUUGCAGGUCCAAAAACAAACCUGUCAUGAUGCAGAUAAGAGGGUUCAAAAAUGUUGCAUCUAACGAUGAGCGUGCGUUGCUCGAGGCCGUAUCGAGACAGCCCGUAUCCGUGUGCAUUGCCGCGAGCGCGGACAGUUUCAUCCAUUACGCAGGGGGAUUGUACAAUGCGCCCGACUGUGGGAUCUACGUGAUUCAUGCAGUGACGCUUGUUGGGUACGGGACGAGCCCCGAAGGAAUCAAGUAUUGGCUAGCUAAAAAUUCUUGGGGUCAGACUUGGGGAGAGAAUGGUUACAUUAGACUCCGUAGAGACGUGGAGUGGCCUCAAGGCAUGUGUGGUAUAGCUCAGUUUGCUUCAUAUCCAGUUGUGUGA